UCUUUCCGUUGCAUUUUUUUCCCUUUCUUUCUCGAGGCUAAUAAUUGUGGAAGACUGUAAACGUUGUUCAUCAUCUAUAUAAAGGGAACUAUGAGUAGCUGUUGGAGACAAGGCGUCUUGAAAGUCUCUAGUUUUCUCACACACGCAAAUCAAUUGUCUAAGUUAAGAGGCCUAGGGAAAAGAGGCAUGGCGACUGUGGAGGUGAGGCAGGCGGCCCUCAAGAGGUACCUGGAUGAGAUCAAGCAGAAAAAUGCAGGGUCCCAGGCGCUUGAGGAGAAUACCGACACGAAGAUGCUGCACAUGAAUGCUCCCCUGGGUGGCUGGAAGGAGUGGUCGACUCUAACAUACGACCACAACGUCCUCGGGGACCUGCUUCUGACGGAGAACGAACAGCUAAAGAAGAUCAAGGAGGAAGUGGAGAACAUGAUCAAAGUGCUCUCCCCUCCUGCCCCAGGUGCCUUUCCUUGGUCCGUUCCUCAGAGCUUCCCGACACUUAAUUUUCCGAUGCCUCAGAGCCGAUCCGCUAAAGUGAAAGUGGAAGAAGAGGGAACCGGUCUCGUAGAGAAGUCUUAAUGACAUUGGCUGCUAGGUAGCACCCCUUGGUUAAUCGUUUGGUGAAAUGGAGAUUCCAUUCGCUAAAUGUCCAUGUUAUGGUUCACGGCCUUUAUGAUGGGCCGGUGAGCAAUAAUUGGGGACGGACUCAUCUAUGAAUUAAUGAUCUGCUUUGGGACUGGGUCGUCAACGGUAGUGUAGGAAACGGAGACUCCGUUUCUGAAGGCUCCAUACUCGUGCCUCUCACGACUUCAAGCACUUCCAUGUUCUAUGAGUCAAGUCACCUUGGAUGUCUGUGUGCGCGUCCGAAAUAAAAUAAAUCAAUGUACUCUUUUGAUGGUGUGAUAUCUGAAUAUCAAAUAAAUUUCAGCUUGUCUAGCGUCUA